CUGCCUGAUUGUCUGUCUGAAUGUCUGUUUGAAUGUUUGUCUGAUUCGAUUCUUCCCUUCACAUUAUUAGUACUGAACUACCUGACCACACUACAUUUAGUACUACUGCUACUACAUAAGAAAUGUCUUCACAUCAUCCUUCCCAACAUUCAAAAUACAGCUGUACUGGCUCAUUAGAUGAGACAUCUGUUUCAUGUCAGAGGAAGCGUAGUGUUGAAGACCAGGAGCUAGACCAAGGUCAGAGUCAAAACUAUGACCGGGAGCAGGGAGAUAACGGAGCUAUUACAACCACACCCGUCGUAAAGAAGGCUGCAACAUCCCCUGAACUAAGAAAGGAACAGAACAGAGCUGCACAACGAGCAUUUCGAGACAGGAAAGAAAGACAUCUUCAACAGCUCGAAAACAUGAUCAGAGACCUUAAAGAUCAACAAGUACAUAUGGUUACCCGCUUUCGACGCGAGGUCACAGAGCUCAACUCACGUCUUGAGACCACUAUGCUUGAAAAUCAAUACUUGCGUGAAGUUGUUUUCGCAUUCGAGACGGCACUUUGUAAAGGAGGGCAUGUUGCGGUUUUACAAGAUGUCAAACAGGAACUUUAUCGCCAUCAUAAUGAAAAGCAUGCGCAAACACACCAAGCAAAGUCAGAUAUGGCUAGAAACAUUGGAUCAGAUGCUACAGCUCAGCAUGACGACUUUUCUGAAAAGUCAACAAUACCAUCCAAAGAAGCACCUCACCCUUUGACAUUGCCUCUCACGGCUGUAGAUCCUACGCAUGACAUACUGUCCUAUACUGUCAAUCGGGAGAUCCUUUAUAGAGCGCCUCCGCUCUUUGUAACUGUUGCAUCUGAUGAUGGAAAAAUCACGACAAUCAGAUCACCUACAGAACCAUUGUCAGCACCCCGCCCAUCUUUUGUUGCACCGGGAACUCAUCUACCCAAACAUACAGACUACACAAAACAUCCAACCGUAUUUGAUGAGCUUCAAUCCUCAUUAUUCCCUCCAGGUACACUGGAGUCUCUGGUGCAGAGCGGCAUGGCGACCCCACAGGAAGUUGUGAAUGAUAGUAAUACUUUCUUUGAGCAGAUUCCUUCGAAUACCGCGGUCAUGGGCGAUGAUCAUGGAUACUGCUCGGCAACAACUACUACGAACAGUCAACGGGUUCGAGGAGAAGGGGGUAUCAAAAACUAUGCAACCAAAGUGGGACUUGUGAAUGGUAACCAUCGUCUGCAAAAGGAAUUUUACAUCAUGGCGACAUCUCCACCUGCAGUGGACCCGAAUAUUUCACCUCAGAUCUAUGAAAUACCUCAUGAUUCAAGGAUUGACUUGAUUCCAUGUCCCAAACUGCGGGCGCAGAUGAUUUUACACCAAAACAAAUACAAUAUCGACGAGUUGUUUCAGCUGCUGUUGGAUAAAGCAAUCUGCCAUGGACCACCCAUGGAUGUACACAGCUGGGAAUUGCCAGACGAGUUCUUUGAUCGAUUUGGGUUCUUGAUGGGUUUAGAUAUGGAGCGAAUUCGACGCAAAGUGUGGCCACGGAAGGCGUUGUAAAAAGGAUGCCAAAGCUAGGCGACACAAAUUAGACUAGCCUAGGUCAUACCGAUUAAGACUAGACUAGGAACCGUUUCUUAGGGGGUAAAGUGAUGUUACUGCAGACUACCAUACAGCUGUUAGGUGCAAGUUUUUAAAUCUGUGCUGGAUUAAUGUUGUCAUUUUGCAUCAGUCAGGG